CAAGCGACUUUAUUCCCCCAAACAAUCGCGUGCACCGCACUCCGCACCGAAUCGAAGCAGCGGCGAUGGCGGCGGAGAAGCCGGCUCCGGUGCGCGUGCUCUACUGCGGCGUCUGCGGCCUCCCCGCCGAGUACUGCGAGUUCGGCCCCGACUUCGAGCGCUGCAAGCCCUGGCUGCGCGCGCACGCGCCCGGCGUCUACCCGGACGACCUCGUCGCCGCUUCCUCAUCCGGCGGCGGCGGCGACAAGGACGUCGACAAGGUCGGGGAGCGCCUCCAGGGCGUCGGGAUCUCCGACGGCUCCACUAGCGCCGCAGGGGAUGCUUCUGCUUCUAAGCCCGAUGAGGUGAAACGCCUGCCUGGUGGUAAGCUCAAGAAAAAGGAGAAGCAAGAGGUUGUCAUUGAGAAGAUUGUCCGCAACAAGCGCAAAUGUGUGACUGUGGUGAAGGGACUUGAAUUGUUUGGUGUAAAGCUGAGUGAUGCUUCGAAGAAGCUUGGGAAGAAGUUUGCAACCGGAGCUUCUGUUGUUAAGGGCCCAACUGAGAAGGAGCAAAUUGACGUGCAAGGGGACAUAUCAUAUGAUAUUGUGGAGUUCAUUACAGAUACAUGGCCUGAUGUACCUGAGUCGGCCAUUUUCUUCAUUGAAGAUGGAAGGAAGGUUCCUGCUGCUUGAUGUCAUAUGGUUUAUAAGGCGCAAGACCAAUGGAUUUACAAAUAUAAUACAGACAUAAAGUAAGGGCAUGGUUGUUAAGGCAUGUAGCGGUCAUACCAGUUCGUCUCUUGUUCGAAGUCAUGGACUGUUGUUCCAGUUUUUAGGCAUAGUUCACAAAUGGCAUUUUGUUUACCACCGUCCUUCUGCUUCCAUGUAUGAAAUCAAAUCUAUGCAAUUUCCCAUUUACUGCAAGUGUGAUGUCUGUUGUGCAAUA